CUUCAAGCAGAACCAUUUGCAGAGAGACACAAGAAAUGGCAUCUUUCCACAAAUUAAAAGAAGUGCUAAUGCUGGCAUUUGACUGGAUUCUGUACAGUGCUGGUGCUGCAGAUACCUGCCAAGUCACUGUAACACAACCCAGAUUUCAGGAAGCUGACUACUCCACGCACACUGUGCUCCUAACAUGCACCUUCUCUGCCACUGGAUGCUCCUCCUCCUCACCUAACGUUCUAUGGUUUCGCUUUUUAGCUAAUGAACAUGAGGAUUUGUGUACUCCUGGAUGCACAGAUCAUCAGAAGUACAAAGUACAUUUAUUAUCAGAAAAUAACAUUUCACUUCAGAUCAAUGAUCUGACUGUAGAUGACAACGCUGUUUAUAUCUGUGGAAUAGCAUUUUCAAAUUCAGGUUCACCCCGUUCUAAACAAACAGGAGAUGGAACAGUACUAACGAAAACAGAGAAGCAGAACAGCAAUGGAAAACUCAUCUUCAUGAUCAUCGCCUCAUCCUUACUGUUUCUAUACAGCACUACUGUAUUCACAUUCUUUGUAGUCUACAAGUUAAAACCAAAGCUGCUAAAGAAAAGUGGGAAUGAAGACCAAAGAACAGAGAACUGUAAAAUCAGUAGCGGACGAAAAAUUUUUCAAGCAAUUGCUCAAGAACUUCAAAAGCAGAGGUACGCUGAACACUGCCAACAGCCUGAUGAUUUGGAAGAUGACACUGUUUAUCAGAACAGAUGAACAUGUGCGGCAGUUCAGAUUUGUUCAAUAUUUCU